UUGGCGGGGCUGUCACCAGAGGCUCUGCAGGUCUCGCAGCCUCCAGACUAUACUAGGAGCGAAAGAGCGACAUGGCGGCGGCUACCAAGCUCGAGAACCUCUCCCUGGUGGUGCAUGGACCCGGGGACCUGCGCCUGGUAAAACGGGAAGAAGGAGGGAAACCACAGGGGUACCUCAGAGUGAUGGAGGGGUUGUUCCUUCCCUCACUGAUUUUCUUCUCUUUUCUCUUAUCAGAGGUGCUGCUGAAGAUGCAUUCUGUUGGAAUCUGCGGCUCAGAUGUCCACUACUGGCAGCAUGGUCGAAUUGGGGAUUUUGUUGUGAAAAAGCCCUUGGUGCUGGGGCAUGAAGCUUCGGGAACAGUCGUAAAAGUGGGAUCAUCAGUAAAGCACCUAAAACCAGGUGAUCGUGUGGCCAUUGAGCCUGGGGUUCCCCGAAAAAACGACGAAUUCUCCAAGAUUGGCCGGUACAACCUCUCGCCAUCCGUCUUCUUCUGUGCCACCCCUCCUGAUGAUGGAAAUCUCUGCCGGUUCUACAAGCACAACGCAGACUUCUGCUACAAGCUUCCUGACAAUGUCACCUAUGAGGAAGGGGCCCUGAUUGAGCCACUGUCUGUGGGAAUCCAUGCCUGCAAGCGAGGUGGAGUCACUCUGGGGAACAAGGUCCUUGUGUGUGGAGCUGGGCCAAUAGGGCUGGUCAAUUUGCUUGUGGCCAAAGCAAUGGGAGCAGCUCAAGUAGUGGUGACUGAUCUGUCUGCUUCUCGGUUGGCCAAAGCCAAGGAAGUGGGGGCUGAUUUAGUCCUCCAGGUCUCCAAGGAGAACCCUCAGGACACUGCCAGCAAAGUGGAAGGUCUGUUGGGGUGCAAGCCGGAAGUCACCAUUGAAUGCACCGGGGCGGAGGCCUCCAUCCAGACGGGCAUCUAUGCUACUCGUUCCGGUGGGACCCUGGUGCUUGUGGGGAUGGGCUCUGAGAUGGCCACUGUACCCCUUUUGCAUGCAGCCAUCCGGGAGGUGGAUAUCAAGGGCGUGUUUCGAUACUGCAACACGUGGCCAAUGGCGAUUUCAAUGCUUGCGUCCAAGUCUAUAAAUGUAAAGCCCUUAGUUACCCAUCGGUUUCCUUUGGAGAAAGCUCUGGAAGCUUUUGAAACAUCCAAAAAGGGGUUGGGCCUGAAAGUUAUGCUCAAGUGUGACCCCAAUGACCAAACUCUCUGAUGUUAAUUGGAUUCACCCUCACACCCCCACUCAGUACCUCUAGCCUUACAACUGGAGAAGGGCUAAAAGGCUGGGCCAGGGUAGGUGUGGGUUUUGAUGCUGAAGUUUCUUUUGAAUGGUGAGAAUAAUUAAAAUUAUUCUUUAAAAAUA